AUGGACGCCUACUCCAGCUAUUGCUACAAAGUCAUGCUCUUCAGGCUAAAGAACGCCGAAGCAACCUACCAAAGGCUGGUGAACAAAAUUUUCAAGGAGCAAAUCAGCAAGACUAUGGUGGUCUACGUAGACAACAUGCUAGUCAAAGCUCCCCAACGAGCAGACCACAUCAAGAAUCUUGCCGAAGCAUUUAGCCUACUUCGAAAAUACAACAUGAAGUUGAAUCCGAGCAAAUGCUCAUUUGGAAUCUCAUCCGGCCGAUUCUUGGGAUAUUUAGUGACCCUAAGAGGCAUCGAGGCACAAUCAAAUCAAAUCAAGGUCAUCAUCAAUGUCAAGCCACCUGCUACAACAAAGGAGAUACAAAGUCUAACGGGUAGAGCAGUAGCUCUCAACCCAUUCCCCUUGAGAUCUACUAACAAGUGCAGGGCAUUCUUCAAAGUCUUGAAGAAAGGACAAAAAGACAAAAGGGACGAAGAGUGCGAAGUAGCUUUUGAAAACUUGAAGACAUACCUCCCUUCGCCUCCCCUGCUAUCAAAACCAAUACCAUGCAAAGAUUUGGUCAUCUACCUGGCAGUGUCCAACUCAACAGUCAGCUCAGCUGUUAUCCGAGAAGAGCUGGAGGCACAACAUCCUUUAUUCUACAUAUCAAAAGCUCUCCUCGACGGUCCUCGGGCAAAAAACACUCAUGUUGAUGCAUUGGCAAACCUAAAAUUAGCAUUGGACACUCAAUUCAGAUGCUCCAUCCCGGUCGAAUACCUUAACCGACCCAGCAUCGAAGAGAUUGAGCAGAUUAACUCAACGCAAAUUAAUGAGGACCCUAGCUGGCAAGACCCCAUCAUCGACUACCUGGCAAAUAGAAAUCUGUCCAAAGAUAAUCUGAAGCUAGGAAGAUCUAGCAGAAGGCCGCAAGGUAACAAGCUCAUUCCCAUAUCAUACUUCAACCCUCGUCUCACAUGCAUAAAGUAUCCUCAAACACUUGACGUGAUCUGCAAGAUUCACGACGGCGAGUGUGGCGACCACUCUGGGGGCAGACUGAAACUAUAUCCUCUACUAAAGAAGCAAACAUGGAAUGAUUUGUAUGGAAAAACAUUAUCUACCGGUUUAGCUGUCCACAAUCACUGGCUACCGACAAUGGCUCACAAGUUAUCGGCAAGCAGCCUUCUCUACAAAAUAUGGCAUCAAGCAGCACAUGUCUACCCCAAGGUAUUUGCAGGGCAAUGGCCAGGCUAA